GGGUGGCUCUACCACUGACUGGCCGUGAAGUCCCCAUGAAAAAUCGCUGGAACGUGUUUUACCACGCGGUCAUUGGAAUAGGAACGCCACCUCAAGAAUUGAGUGUUCACUCCUACAGGGUCAAUGGAUUUAUUUGUCUAUAAGGAGGGCUACACAAAGAUACCUGGCGGACAACUCAACCCACAAUUCAGACCUAAAACAUUUAACCCUGAUAACAGCAGAACCUUUAAACGCCCUCCGGAGGAACUACUGUUCGAUGGUGAAUUUGCAUCCGGAUCAAAACUAAAAGGAUACGCAGGAAUAGAUUUCAUUACGAUAGGGAGCGGAGAAAAGAAAUUCAAAAUCAAAACCCUGAUCAGUAUUGCUGACCAAGUAUCAGAAAGUAGAGGACAAGGAAAACCCGAUGGUACUUUUGGACUCGGCUUUACCAUGGGAAGCAAACUCGAAAAAGAUAAAGUGAUAUCACCUUUAGAAACCAUUUUCUCACAAACUGAAGUGUGCGGUGCGGUGAGCUUUUAUGCAGAAAGACUUAACGAUGAUCUGACUUAUGAUUCUCCCCCGAUCCUUUCCGAUCCUUUGAGCGGGGAGCUGUAUUUUGGAGGUUUCAACGAAAAGUAUCUGCAGGAUCCAAAUAGACCUGACAUAAUUACAGCCAAGGUUACUCCAAGAAGAGAUGCCCGUGCCGAGCGACUAGAGUCGUAA